AUGAACGUGAAAACCGUGCUCAUCCUCCUCGUUCUGGCUUUAGCCACGAUAUUUGCUUUAGUCUGUGUGUUGCUGACCAGAGGAAGGGCCCCCAGCACCUGCCAGCACCAGCCCCCGGAGCAGGAGGACACCGAUGACGGCCAGAGCCUGGUCUUUGCUGAUCUGACACCCGAAGAGAUGGUGCAAGUGGUGCGGUACCUGCAGGGAAACCUUGGGGUGCAGCUGGUUGACGCCUCGCCUCGCCCCUCCCGGGAGGCGCUGGCUGUGCUGUACUUUGGGAACCAGCCAGACCCCAACGUCACGGAGUACGUGGUGGGUCCGCUGCCGACGCCGGCGUAUCACCGGGAUGUCACGGUGCAGAAGUACGGGGGGAAGGUGCCGUACCACCGCAGACCCGUUACUGGCAAGGAGUACAUGGAUAUCAAUGCCCUCAUCCAGAGGGAGCUGAGAAAGGCACCGCGCUUUUUCGCUGCAUGCUGCGAGUCUGACGGGACCAACCUGGCCAUCCUCACGACAGCCCCGCGGGGCUUCAAGUCCGGCGACCGCGCGACCUGGUUUGUCCUAUUCCACAACGUGGCCGGCACUGGCUACUACCUCUUUCCGGUGGGGCUGGAGGUGCUAGUGGAGCAUGGGGACCUCCGCAUCUCCCACUGGUGGCUGCGCCAAGUCUUCUACAAUGGCCGGUACUUCGCCAGCACGGGGGAUCUGGAGGAUGCAUUUGUGGCCAACUUGCUGGACGUUGUCAGGAUCGAGAAGCCCCAGGCUGAAGCGGUGCUGGGCUCAAUGAGACCCCGGCGCCCGCCCGGCUCCCCAGGGCCGCUGCAGUACGAGCCCCAGGGUCCCCGCUACAGCAUCAGGGACAACCGUGUCACCUUCCAGGGCUGGAGCAUCGCAUUGUCGACCCGCUACCUUGAGGGGAGCUUCGGCAUCGGCAGGUUUGCCUACGAGCUUGUCCGGGGCCUCGACUGCCCCUACACAGCGACUUAUGUGGACCGGCACUACCUGGCGGAGUCAGAGACCCCCAAAACCAACCAAAACUCACUCUGCAUUUUUGAGCAUGAUGCUGCUCUCCCUCUGCGGCGCCACUUCUCUGACUCGCAGUCCUUGUACUACGGUGGGCUGCGGAAAAACAUGCUGGUCAUCCGUGCCAUCUCCACUCUCAUCAACUACGACUACAUCUGGGACUUCAUGUUCCACGGCAGCGGGGCUGUGGAGGUCCGGGUGCACGCCACUGGCUACAUCACCCGCACGCUGGGGACGAUGCACCUCCACCACAUCCACUACAAGGUGGACCUGGAUGUCGACGGGCAGCUGAACUCUGUGGAGACCCAGGACAUGGAGUACGAGCUCGUGAAAGACCCCUGGAGCAUGCAGAACACCAUCGAGCGGCCGUACCUCCGCAGGGAGAGGCUGGAGAGGGAGGACGAGGCAGCGUUUCCGCUCAACGCCCUCAUGCCCCGCUACCUCUCCUUUGCCAGCCCCAAGCCCAACAAGUGGGGGCACCCGCGCAGCUACCGGAUCCAGAUCGCCAGCUUCGCCGGGGAGCACCUGCCUGCCAGCAGCCCCAUGGAGAGGUCCAUCAGCUGGGGCAGGUACCAGCUGGCUGUCACCCGACGGAAGGAGGAGGAGCCCACCAGCACCAGCAUCUACAACCAGAACGACCCCUGGACGCCCACUGUCGCCUUUGCCGACUUCAUCGACAACGAGACCAUCGCCAAUGAGGUGAGCUGGGGUCCCCUGGGUGGAGGGCAGCUGAGCACCAUGG